GAAGAAGGAGAAGGCACUUCCGUUUAAAGAGGCGCCAAAAUCCAAACUGUCGCGGCCGCAGCAGAGUAAACAGACGGCUGACUGCUCGGUGGACUGACUGCCUGGCAGGAGUUUGUUUCAAAUACUACAAAAAUGGACCCGACGACACGGUUCUUCGCCAAGCUGAGGAAGCUGGCGGUGACUCUGGAGUCAGAAACCGCCAAGCUGCAGCACGCCUUUGAAAGCCGAAACGACGACGGUGACAGCGAAACCACAGCCAGAGCUAUGCGAGCGUACCACGAGCUCAACUGUGACGUCGGGAACUUAAAGGGGCAGAUCCAGGAACAGUUGGCUCAGCAGAAAGCACAUGAGAGUGAGGUGAGCAGCUUCAUUAAGGCCUGCAGAGUGAUGGAGCAGAAAGUCAGCCAGGACAUCAACACGCUGAGGGGACACUGGGAAACAUACGGUUACCAAGCUCCCAGAGACACCCAGAGAGCGAGCAAGACCGACAGUCAGGAGUCACAUUCUGAAGACGAGGAAUGUGAUGAGAGUGAAACUAAGUCUGAUAGAGAAGUGGGAAGCGGGGAGGAGGCUGAGGAUGAUCACUCCUCAUCGCCUACAAAAACAGGAGCCCCACCCUUCGCAGACGCGAUGCGCACCCCGCAGCUCUCCGACUUCGGUCUGUCUGAGAUACAGCUGAAGAGAACUCUGGCUGGGGCGGAGUGGUGCUCUGAAGUGCCCCCUAUGCCCGAGAUGAGCCUCCCUCAUCCCUCACUCAACACACCUGCACCACCACCCAUGCCCUUAACUCCCAAAUGUGCCCUGCGGAUGGAUGACGAUGAGCUGCAGACACCUCAGAUGCAUGAUUUUGGCAUCACAGAGCACACCAUGUGUCUGAACAACGAUUUCACUAUGAAUCUGUUUCAGAAGAAAGUGAAUAAGCCCGCAAGACCACAAAAAGACAUACCUACACCACCAGUGAACCCACUAAUGGAAAGUUUGCAGGCUAAAGCUGACAACUUGAAGUCCCCAGAGCCGCCUGUGUUUUGCACUCCGGGGUUCAAAAUCAGAAAGACAAAUGGUCACUGCUCCCCACCUGCACAAGACAAUGGUGACCCAGAAUCCCCCUGUCGCCCUAGAAACCUGCCGACCACUCCCGAGGUCCCAGCAUUUCAAACCCCAUAUGUGAACCGACUGGCCAGCAACAAAAAGAGUUCCCAGCAGCCUGAGCCUAUCAACAUGGAGGUUGAUGAUGACAGCCAAACCUUCAAACUCCAAACAUCUCCUGCUGAAGGAUCCACCGGCUCCAAACGUGCCUGGGAAUACAAUGUGUCCAAGCAAUCCAUCCUGGGUGGAGAGGAGAAGCACAUGCCGGAGAUGCCAAACCUGGAGUCUGUUUGGGCAAAUAAUCUACAAAGUAGAAGUGCCAAAAUGCUGAAGACAGGACAACGUGAAAAGGUGACUAAAGAGCCCACUGUCAGCAGGCUGGAGCUGGACGGACCAACUCAGGAGUUUAGCUUGGGGACGCCUCGAAUCAGGACGGACUUCGAAGAGCCCAGCACCCCAGAGAUGCCAGACCUCAGCUCUGUCACACAGGACAUCUGUAAACUUGUGUCCCAGGCUCAUCUGAAGAAGACUGCCACAAUGGUUGUACACUCAUAUGUCAAGCCAGAGAAAGCUAAAAACAGCGCUCCGAGUGUGUCUGCGGUGUCAAAGAGUGAGUUCCAGAGUUUACCGAGCUACCUGAAGCAGAUGACUCUGCACAACCUCAACCAGGCAAUCCAUAGCAUCAACAACUUCACAGCGGAGUGUCCAGGAGAAAAGACAGAGUUUCAGAUGGAGGAGCUGGGGAAGAUGCUCAACCUUGGAGCCAAGACCCCCGUGUACAUCCUGUGUUUGAUGGAGCUCAAGAGGCUGAUUGACGUGGGAGGAGCACGGAGCACCUCUGUGUACAAACUGAGCACGCACAACUGACAGUUGCUUGGAUACACUACAUCCGACUUGGGAGCCCAAAUGUAGUCUCAUCUAGAGUCAAACACUUCACAAGAGAGUCCUGACUAAUUAACUUCAUCACACUCGCAGCAGGCUUGGUAACAUUUUUCUAUUUAGAUUGUAAAUAGUUCUGAUGCACGACUGUUCAUUAAUUUGCACUUACGCACUGUAUAUAAUCAAAUAAAAGACAUUUCUGCCAUGAUAUUGAAA